GAGAAGGGCCCCUUUAAAGAUGAUAAUCUUGUGGGGCUUCACUGGAUGAGCACAAAUGAAGAUUUGUUGUGUUUGUGCCUUUCCUCCCGUCUCGCAGCAAGAGGCAGCCAGUAGGCGGUGCCGCUUGGAGUUUGCUUCACUGUUGGGUGAGGGUGAGAGUGUGCUGAAGGCUGAAAGACGGGAAUAGGACGCGAUUUAAAGCGUUAAACUUUUUUGCUUUAAAAACAAAAUUUAAGGAGAAACGAAGAUGUCUGCAAGUUGCCAGCAAAGUGAAUGUCGAGUAAUCCCCACCAGGACAGUGAUUCUGAACGAUGCAACGCAGCUACCUCAUGAUUAUUGCACUACGCCGGGAGGAACGCUGUUCUCCACCACUCCCGGAGGCACCCGGAUUAUUUACGAUCGGAAGUUUCUUAUGGACUGUCGUCAUUCUCCAAUUGCAAAGACUCCACCUCGUUACCUCCCGCACAUCCCAGGUGUGACAACUCCAGGCAUUGCUGAAGAUACCAAGGCAGAAGCAAAUGAUGCUGCUCACAGUGGUGGAAACAACCGUGAAGGAAAAUCAUCUACUGGGGAUGAAGCUCAAUUUGAGAUGGACAUCUAAGCUUUCCACGUGUGACUGCAGACUCCGCUUCUCAACGCUUCGAAGACCUGGCUUGUGAUUCCUAAUGUACAAGCCUUUGCCGUGGUACACAAGCUCUCCUGAAAUCUGCCAAAAAAAAAAGUUUGAUACAAAUGAUUUUUGCCUGUGGUCAACCCUGCAACAUUUAUACUUUGUCUAUGACCUUAAGUCAUGUUUUUGCAGCAAAAUAAGUUGGUCCCAAUUUUCUGCUGGAUUUUUGGAAAGAGUUGGGGAUAUCAUCCUUUUGAGAACGGGAAAGGUAACAUUUUGUUUAAUGGACAAACAAAAGCUAUUUUUAAAACUCUUUGUACACAAAGCAAUCUUGAAGCAGUUCCCAUUAUGUAACACUGUAUAUAUCUAGCAGCUGAGAUUUGUUUCAUUAUUAAUUGAGUUCAAAAGCAAUUUUGGUACAAAGCCAUAAUUGUGCAAUCUUAUUUUUGGAACAUUUUGGAAUGUCAUGUGGAAUGUCAUGUUGAGUUCAGCAAGAACUUACAAUAAGCUCCUUGCUUAACUAUUUUAAUUAUAAUCCAUUGAAUUCCCAAGUCAUUUAAUCUAAUGUUCCAGAUUUUGUUUUUAAAAGAAAUGACUUUUGUCAAUGAAAGCACUGCUUCAUUGAUCAUUUCUGCUAUUUUAAGGCUUUUCCACUACUCCAUCUUCAGAUUUGGGUUGAGGCACUUAUCCCACUGCACUUCACUGCUGUGAGUAGGGAGUGUCAGGAUCAGGCAAGGUGGAAUUGAGUAAGUGUCUUGGAUCUGAGAUGCAGACAUGUGAGUGUUUAUGCUUGGUAAAGUCAACAAUCAUCAGCAGAUCAUCAGGAACUGUAAAGUAACACUAGAUUUGAAAACCAUUUUGUUGGAAUGAAAAUGAAUGGGCCUAUCUUGUAUUUAUUUAGUGGGCAUAACGAGGUACUGUGGUUGCUUGCAUUGGGUUGGUUUAAUGUACUCCCAGGCUGGUUAGAUCCAGGUAUGUCCUUUUGCUAAAAACCCUUUUUAUGUAACAUUUUUCACAUUUAACUGUAAGUUUAUGAGUUUUAGUGCUUAUUAUUAAACAAUGUUGGGGAUGGUGAUCUGAAACCUGGUCCCAUAGAGCUGCUUCCAAUGGGCAGAAGACCAGCUUUUAAAGAUGUAGUGCUGACUUGGCAUGGGGACUGCUAGGAUAUGCUAGAGCUAAAGUUGAUUGAUUUUAAAACUUGGAGAGAGCUGCAAAAAACACAGCAGGUCUGUCAGUCAAUAGAUAAACAGGUGGGGGGGGGGGGGGGGGGAGUAGGAGGCUCUGCUUGACUAUAGAAUGCCCCAGUAUCAAAAUAGGUCAUUCAGCCCAUCGAGUUGCAUUCAAUGAUUGUUCCUUUAACAAGUUAAUCCCACUCAUUUCUCCCCACAUGUUUUGUGAUUCCUUUAUUUUUUUUAAAAAAAGUAAUAUUCUCUUUAUAAUUUGUAGACUUCUAGUAUUGGUCCAGGAUGUCAACUGGAUUUUUGAUCAUUUUUCUAUUUUGCAGUUGCUGAUGGACAGACAGUUUCCAAUGUUUUAUGUUCUUUGUGAUUUGGUAGGGAUUUUUUGCAAUGGGGUUCAUGGCAAAGUAUCACUGCAUGGCUUCCAUAAUUAAUUAGUUAAUACUCUGGAUAAAUAAACUCAGCUGCUCAGGUAUUUUGACUCUGGAAAGCAACUCAAAUGGUAAGAAAAAGUGUUGCAGUCAUUAUGAUUUAUUUUUAUUUUUUGGGACAAGUGGAAUGUUGGUCCAAUAACUACAAUGCAGGGUUCUAUGAUUCUUCUUGCUGUAAUAUAAUGAUUCCUUGGA